AUAUCAGAUAAUUCAAGUGGGUCCAUCAUGAAAAUUUCACUUCGUUCACUUUUGCCUGUAGUACUUCUGGCCACUGGGUCAUGGAUUAGCCUAUCGUGUGCUAAUCCUGUCGUGCCCACCAAAGAAGUAGUCGAUCCAGAAGGAAUCUCCAAAACAGUUGGUAACGCCGAUAUUUCUCAGAUUUCAGCCGAUGGAGCAGGUGGAUAUGCUGAUGCAUCUGCUAAAUCUACAGGACAUCUAUUCAGAACAAGACGGUCUCGCAAAAAUUAUGUGGCAGCUGAUGAAGAAAAGCUUUGUCCAUGUCUGCAACCGAAUUUUAAAUUCAAAGGAAGCGAAAUUCUCCUAAGAAUUCUUCAGGAUAUCUCCAAAUUCCUGUCGUGCGCUCAACCAAGCCUCGAUGACUUGCGCGACGUAAACUGGCCAAUCCUAGGAGAUAAAGCCUCCGACGGUAAGGGAGGACUAUCACUUCAAAAUUUAGCAAAGUCCCUCCUUAAUGACUUCAUAUCAAUUCUACUAACUCUGGUGAAUCAAUCGACUGAUGGAUCAGCUGACGUAUCCAAAGAAACAUCGCCAAACGACCUGGAUCCUGUAGACUAUGAGGCCGAUAUCACCAUCAACCCUGAACUAGAAUCAUUGAUCGAAAGCUCGGAUUCUGACGAGGAUAGUGAUCUAAGUGAUGUCCUCUUGGAACUGAUUGGAUCCCUUGAAAAAUGGCUGAAUUCCGAGCACAAGCCGAUCGAAAUGCUACUAAACUUUGAAGAGCAAAUCGUAAAACUGUCUCCAGAGGACUAUAAAAUAAUCGCAUCCCGAGCAAAUAGUGAUCCUAGAUGUGCGCUUCUGGUAGAAAAGAAAUUGAAAACCAUUCGUUCGUUAUCUGCUCUCACCCGAACGACCAUAAAUGUGCUCGCUGCACUGAUGGGCGCAUUGAAAGAGCUGCAAUCAUCAAUCAACACGCCCAGUAGCUUAUGCUCAAAUCUUGAUAACCAUAAUCCUACAUUAUCAUUGUUUAGUGUUAGUGACAUCCUCACUGGAAAAAUUCGUGCUGCUUUGCAAUCAAGUUCAUCGUCGGGAGAAAUGUGUCUGCCCGUAGAUAAGGUCACCUCAUGGAUUUCUCUGCUAAUUGACGAAUUUCCCCAGUUAGCAACCAAGACCGCACCAUCACGCCCACUCGCCUCAAGCUCUUCUGAUUGCAAGACCGCACCAGCGAUUACUAUAUCAGUUGAAGAUUCGAAUAAAUGUGGGCAAUCGAAUUCCAAGCCUGCAGUAAUAAUCAGUUCUUCGAAUUCGCGUGAUGUUAAAGUGAUAACGGAUUCUCGUGAUAACCAGUCGAGCAAUAAGAACCCCAAAUCACCGGUGGCCCCACCGGUACUGCUGUCAUCAAUUCCUAAGACUGAGGGAGCGUCACCACCAGCUCCUUCAGUGAGUGCAGUAAACACAAAUAAAUAUGGUAGUUAUGGGAAUAAUCAAUCAGACGAGGAUGACGAUAGCGAUGAAGAUGAGGAUGACGAUGAGAAAUAAGUCAGCGCACCUCCAGUUCUGUCUUGGGAGGAGUCUGAUCAGUAUUUUGAUUGUUUUGAAUGAUGAUCCUCAUGAGAAUCUGCUAAUUACGAUUAAACGUGGACAGCAGCUUCAAUCAUUGGCACAUCCUUCAUCAUCAGGGACUGAAUCUCAGUGGUAUUCUGACCAUUCUACAAAUAUUAAGAAUUAGUAGUGUGUUGUCCAAUUCGAAACUGUGAGAAGGGGUUUGACUAAUUUUUUAGAAAAAUGAAUAAUAGUUUUAAUGUGGCAAUUGCAGUAGUUUUGUAAGUCAUAGAAGUCUGAUAAUCAUGUAGUUCGUUGACAGACGAUGUAACUUAUUGUUGGAGGGGAAUCCAACUUUUUUAAAGAAUAAUAAAGGGUGGGAAAAUUCUAUUCGUUCAGAGUUGGUUUUUUGGGGGCAGAAAAAUGCUCUGAAAUUUUGAGUCUGAUCAUCAAAAUUACCUGGCGUCUUAAUAUGCCAUCGUCAGAGAUGAUAAUUGAUCUGAAGUACUUAAGCAGAUUGUCGUGCAUGUAGAUGGUAAUGUUAAUUAUGAGUUAAUCAGUUAAUGUACAAUUAUGUCUGAAUAAAGCAUUAUGAUAUAAUGAA